GGAAAUGAAACUGAAAGCUGUUCUGGCAGCAGGCCCCUCCCCUUGGGGGGAGGCAGGCAGGGCUUAUACCUAGACAUUAAGGAGUUGGAUCAAGGGCCCGGUAGAGCAGCGCCUGAGAAGAAACCCAGGAGCUCAGGUUGCCUUUCAGCUGCUCCCCUCUCCCCUCCUCGCUCUCUCCAGGAGGACCCCUGGGCCCCCACACCUCGAUUCUCUCCCUCCUGACCAUCCCGGGCCUGGAUUGCAGCUUUGUAAGGCUUCUGAGCAGUAGGUUCUGAAGAAGAUCACAAGGCUUGUAAGAGACCCUCGAGGUCCAGGCCCGCAGACGUAGACCUUCAUACUGCCUAACGUGGAAGGGGGAAGGAAGAGCCAGAGGAGCACCAGCCCAGAGCUCUGAGCUGAGACUACCGAGUCAUCAGCCAGACAGCAGAGAGCUGUGGAGAGAGCGUACCAUGGAUUCAGUCCUGAUGUUACCACACAUGGCCUGGAAGGUGGGUAGCAUGCCCAACGCACCCUCAGGAAACUGAGGCUUGCAAAGAGCGGGGCUUUCACGCUUUUCACAACAAAGGCAAAAUCCAACACGGAUAGCGAGUCCUCCUACAGCAGCCAGAUCGAUUUCUCCAGAGAAGCUGAGGGCAUUAGUAAGGCUGUGGCAGAGGGGAAGUUACUGGACGUGAUUUAUAUAGCCAGAGACGUGAUGCAGACAAUGUCGAGAUACCGAGUGAAAAUCGCUGUGACCGGGGACUCCGGCAAUGGCAUGUCUUCCUUCAUCAAUGCCAUUAGAGGCAUUGGACACGAGGAGGUGGAUUCAGCUCCCACCGGGGUGGUGAGGACCACCCAAGUACCGGCCUGUUACUCCUCCUCCAGCUUUCCCAAUGUGGAGCUGUGGGACCUGCCCGGCACAGGGGCCACGGCCCAGAGCAUCGAGGACUACAUGGAGGAGAUGCGGUUCGACGCCUACGACCUUUUCAUCAUCGUCGCAUCUGAGCAGUUCAGCUCGAAUCACAUGAAGCUGGCCAAAGCUGUGCAGGAGAUGGGGAAGAGGUUCUACGUUGUCUGGACCAAGCUGGACAGGGACCUCAGCACGAGUGCCCUCUCUGAAGCCCAGCUACUGCAGAGCAUCCGAAGGAAUAUCCAGGAGAAUCUCCAGAUGGAGCAGGUGAAGGAGCCGCCCAUAUUCCUGCUAUCUAGCUUUAGUCCUUCUUUUCACGACUUCCCAGAGCUUAGACACACUCUGCAGAAAGACCUCGAUGGCGUCAGGUACAGAGAUACCUUAGAGGCCCUCUCUCAGAUCUGUGACGACAGCAUCAGCAGUAAGGAGUUGAUGCUGAAGGGUCGGAUGCCCACCACACACCUGGAGGUGGCUGUUAGCCCCGUGUACGAUUCUGCUGACCUCGAGGAGGCUCUGGAAACCUACCAGAAGCUCUUUGGCGUGGAUGAUGGGUCACUUCAGCAGGUGGUCCAGAGUACGGGGACAUGGACCAUGCAAAGCCAGGACUUGCUCAAGAUGGACAGGAGACUGGAACUGAUGACGUCUUUUGUCAUGGUCAUGAUCUUCAGGUUUCUUGGGUGGUCGUGGUGGUUUGGCUUGUGGAAUUUUUUCAUCCGUGGCUUCAGACACCAGAGACACAGGCUCAUCCUUAGACUAGUUGCUAAGAACACCAAGGCCCGCCUGAGGAGAGCGCUCAGGGACUAUGCCCUCCCCUCUGAUUCCUUCUGAGAAGGGUCUGGCUUACCCUCAAGUGAAAUCCAGGCUGCCUCAGGGUCUUCCCUUUGCUUAGGGCUCUAGCUAUCCACUAGAAAGCAGGAACUGUAGGGACACUUUGUAAUAACGCUUAAUAUUUUUAGAGGAGGUAGGAAAAUUGCUCACCUUCCUAUGUUCAACUCAAGUACCUUGUUCUUUCAAAGAGCAAGUUUCUGCCGAGGUAAUCGGCCAAGUCCUCCUAGUUCAUGGGUUUUUAUGCUUUCAGUUUUCAUUGUAACACACGUUUAAAUAAAACGAUUUCCAUCCUAAA